AGUGGCCUUCGAGUGCAUUUGGCAGAUGACUACUAUUUUGUGGGAAUAAUGAUUGCAGUUGCCCUACUUCAAAAUGGUCAACUACCAACUUACAUGCCAUCAGAUGUCAUUGAGCAACUAGCAACACUAUCAAGUAAUGAGUGCAUUGCCAAUAUCCAACGGGGGUUAAACACAUGUGGUUUGUCUCACAUUUUUCAGUGUUUCCCAACUGUUCUCCAGCUGCUACGCCCACGCAAGAAGMAGCUGACACCAAAGAUCCUACUUCAUCUACUAACCCCAGAGUUUUCUGAAGAAGGGUCCACAGCACUUAUAYGGGAAAAGGAAGUGUAUACCUUAUUUGUUAAGUAUGUGCGAGAAACUGGAAGCGGGCGUAGAGCACCAGUUACUCUGGAGUCAAUUCUAAUAUUUGUCACAGGGGCUUCAGAAGAACCAGUCCUUGGGUUUGUUAUCUCCYCAUGUAUAAGGUUUGCAAAGGAUGACGGUGCACUGGAAUCAGUACCAUACCAAUACAUACCUACAGCACAAACGUGCACAAAUGUUCUGCAGUUGCCUAUUGGGUCAUUGCAGUCAAAGCUACCAAGCAGUACAAGCCUCUUUGAAGUUUAUGACAUGGCCUUUGCCAAUACACAUUUUGGCACUGUAUGAGAAAUAUGCUCAAUUUCAAAUGUCUUUUAAUUUUAGGCAAACAUUUAAGCCCCUUUAAGACUUCAACAAAGAGUUCAUGUUCAUAGAUUGUUUAGAUUGUUAUCUCAUGUUAUUACAAGUGC